AACCCAAUGUGUAACAUCAAGAGCACUAUGCACAUCUCUUCCAGUUAGCACAGCAACCACAUCAGCUACAGCCACCAAGCCUUCAACCUCAAAGAUGUUGGCAAUCACAAUACCUCGGUCAUCUCUUCCACUCACAACCACUUACAACAAUAGCCCUUCAGACCUCAUAAUCGUCCUGAUGACAUCAGGGAUACUGUUGCUGGCGGCAGCUGUUGCUACCAUUACCUGGAAGCUGUGGAAGAAACUCAAGAGCGUCCAGGCGAACGCAAGAACAAGAGAGGACAGGAGAAACGAGGUGACAACUGUAGACUCUGAGGAUGAAGCGACCUACAGCACAGUGUUCACCAAGACACAGUCAUCAUCACACAGAAUAAGUCCACCUCAGUCACAGUCAUCUGAAAGCUCUGCAGAUGAGGUCAUGUACUGCUCAGUCAUCCUGAAAAAUCCACAGGCCACACACACCCCUAACCAGUCUCCAGCAGGAACAGCCGAUGAUGUGAUUUACAGCUCAGUAGCCCAGCAGAAAUAGUGAUUACAGACACAUGGUGGCUGUCGUAAAGGGUUCACACUCUACUGUUUGAGUAGCGCUAAGAAUAAUCACAACUGUUUGACCGUCUUUUCCUCUGUGGGGUUUCGGUUCCUGAAUGUCAGAUCUUCAGUGAAGCAGGAACUUCUUGCAUGGCAAACUCUAUCUGCAAAUUCUACUCAUAUUCCACUGAUGGUUUAAUUUCACACAGACCGGGACAUUCAGUAAUUAUGACCACACAGGUUUCACCUGCCAAUAUUUAAUGCAUUUAAACAGUGUAGGCUGAUAUUAAAGAAGUUGUAAGCCAUGCAGCACAGUAUAGAAAUAGUAGAUCUGACUGACUGAAUGCCUUUGGGUGUUCAUUUGGGGCAUUUAUUCUUCAUGCCAUUCUUAGCUAUUUCUGAUGUAAUGUGACCGGAGAAUAAAUCACCCUUUAACAGACAAGUAAAGCGUCAGAUUACGAGUAAUUAGCAGCUUGUUGUUGGAUUAAAGCUAAUUCUGGGCGUAAUACUCUUCAGUUUUGCUCUUUGCCCAAGAAAUAUCAACCCCUUAAAUCAUAUAAGAUACUUAUCUUAAGGCUCUGUGACUCAUGGGAGUUGCAUUUAAUUAUCUUUAUAAACUUUCCUUCAUUCCUUUCACUGGUUGUAGGACCUUUAUUCGUUGUGCUAAAGGGUUUUCAUAUUUUAACCCAAAUUGUAUUGAUAUGUAUGCGUGAAUGUUCCCCGUCAGCUCAAUAGGGGGCAGCAAGGAGUCUGAAGACAGAAAUUGGGAUGGCAGGUAUGCCAUCCCGCCAAGUUACGCCUUGGCGGGGGCAUGCCCCAUACCUAUACAGCACAGAGAGUUUGGCAUUCUGUUUACAUCACUGAACUGUAUAAGAAGAGUUCAUUGGUUUAUAUGCACAAGGGAAGAGUCCCGGAUGCUCUGCAACGUGAGGAACCUGAGGAUUCCCAUCAAAUGCAGCCAUUUAGCCCAUUUCAAAUGUUUGACUCUGCUGCCCUCUGCUGGAUCAAAAAGGAUACUUUCAAUUUCGCUACGUAAUAAUGUACUGAUUCCCUCUGCUGGACAAACUAAAAAUGUUCAUAUCUUUGCUAGAUGAUUAAAUUAAUGUGGUACAGCUGACUGGCACAAAAAAAAGUAUAAUUCUAAGUUGUUCAUAUCUUCAUGUAUGUGAGAACUCUGGAUUCUGCAUUCAAAAGCCAACAAACUGGGGAGCUCAAUAUUUACGACAUGCUCAGAGGUCCUGUAUUGUAUCAUAUUCAAUCGGUAAAAGAUUUCUUGGCUGAAAGCUGACUUUUAUCCCCGUUUUAUAUAUAUUAUGAAGUUAGAAAUAUAAUACAUAAAGAUGAUAAUAAAUAAAACAACUAAUAGUGAAUAGAUAAUUCAUAAAGAUGCAGGAAAUGAUAAUGAUAGAUAUCCUGCUCUGGCCACUGAGAGAGCACAGACUGCAGAGCAUGAGGGACCAAAGAGGUGGGGACUGAGAGGAACAGGAAGUGAGAAUCAUGUUAAAACGAGCUGAACCCUCUUACGGAUAUACACACACACACACAAACAAGCAUCAGGCAUAUGGCUACCACUCAGCUACUCUUCCUCUCCAUCAUCUUCCUCCCUGUACUGCCAGGUGCUGACGCUGUGUCCACAGUGAGUAAUGUAACUGUACAGACAGGAAGAUCUGUCACCAUCCCAUGUCACUAUGAUAAGAUAUAUGAAAACAAUGUGAAAUACUGGUGUCGGGGGUCAGAUUGGGAUGCGUGUCGUACUCUAGUACGCACUGACUCUCCAGAAGUCGAAGGUGAAACAUCAAUCACUGAUGACCCCACCCAUGAAGUCUUCACUGUUACCAUGUCAAAGCUGAAGACAGAGGACUCUGGAUACUACUGGUGUUAUGUAGAGAUUGAUUGGGGUUAUGAUAAGGGCACACGUCUGUACCUGGAUGUCAGUGCAGAAUCUCCUGGACUCUGGGUUGACCAGCAGGAGGUGACCGGUGUGGAAGGGGGCCAUGUCAGUGUGCAGUGUCACACUAUUUAUCCAAGCAGCAUGAAGAAGUGGUGCAGGGCUGAGGGCUCCUGUGUGGAAGUGAAUUCUGCUAAACCUGGAAGAUCAGAGAUCAAAGAUAACCACUCUGAAAAUGUCUUCAUUGUGAUGAUGAGGGAGCUGAACAGAGAGGACACAGGCUGGUAUUGGUGUGCUACUGGACAACUACAAAUCCCUGUACACAUCACUGUCUUUCAGAAAACUACUACUACCACAGUCACCACAAGUGCUGAUUCUGUGUCCACAGUGAGUAAAGUAGCUGUACAGAGCGGAAGAUCUGUCACCAUCCCAUGUCACUAUGAUAAGAAAUAUGAAAAGCAUGUGAAAUACUGGUGUCGGGAGUCAGAUUGGCGCAUGUGUCGUAUUGUAGUACACACUGACUUUCCAAAAGUCAAAGGUGAAACAUCAAUCACUGAUGACCCCACCCAUCAUGUCUUCACUGUUACCAUAAAAUAUCUGACGGGGCGGGACACUGGAUAUUACUGGUGUUGUGUAGAGAUCAAGGGGGUUGGUGAUGAGCGCAAAUUUCUGUACCUGGAUGUCACUGCAGGCACUCCUGGUCUCUGGGUUGACCAGCAGGAGGUGACCGGUGUGGAAGGGGGCCAUGCCAGUGUACAGUGUCACACUAAUUAUCCAAGCAGCAUGAAGAAGUGGUGCAGGGCUGAGGGCUCCUGUGUGACAGUGAAUUCUGCUAAAUCUGGAAGAUCAGAGAUCAAAGAUGACCGCUCUGAAAAUGUCUUCAUUGUGACAAUGAGGGAGCUGAACAGGGAGGAUGCUGGCUGGUAUUGGUGUGCUGCUGGAGAACUACAGAUCCCUGUUCACAUCACUGUCACUCAGAAAACUACUACUACCACAGUCACCACAACAACCCAAUGUGUAACAUCAAGAGCACUAUGCACAUCUCUUCCAGUUAGCACAGCAACCACAUCAGCUACAGCCACCAAGCUUUCAACCUCAAAGAUGUUGGCAGUCACAAUACCUUGGUCAUCUCUUCCACCCACAACCACUUACAACAAUAGUGCACUGACGAGCUUGGAACGGACUCUGGGGCCGCUACGCCACACCGGGGUUGCCUUGGUGUUCCUCAUAUGCUCCGCCGUCGCCUUUUGGAAGAUUUGGCGAUACCGCAUAGGAGCGCAGCACUCGAGAAAGAAUAGAGAAGACGUGGGACGUUACGCAAAUAACACCGCAGAGCCCUGCAAUCUACUGACCAUGGAUGUGAUGUAGAUCCGCUCUGAUGUCAUCAUCGCCAGAAUCGUUCCAGCCUCAGCUUUAACGCCUCAAUAUCUGU